UCAGUCCCAAAGAGGUGGAGACGGCAGAAAAGGGAGCGCAGAAGAGAAAUAGAGGUGGAUGGGAGGAGAAAGGAGAUAGAGGAGAGACAGAGAAUCGAUAUCUUCUCUGAUUUCACUGUGAGAAUUUAGAAAGUGAAGCUCCUUACCAGAGCGGGGGUGAACCGGUGAAGAUAAGCUGACCAAAGACGGAAGAGGAAGGGAAGCGAGGGUGCGUGCGCUGGGAUUCUCUUUAGGAUUGGAAUCUGCAAUGGACCCUAAGCCUGUAUUUAGUGGAUCAGUUGGGUAGCUUUGAGGAGAACAAAUGCAUUGGAGUGGAUGUGUCAUGUGGAUUCCCCCUAUGGGUCACCUACAUUGGCCGUGUACUUUGCACAGACUCAGGGGACUUGGCAGAGGAACAGGAAUUUAAAAAACUUCAAUAUGAGAUGUGCAGACAAGUAAGUGCUCAAACAAACUGGUUGGAGAAUCAGUCGAAGUUGUUUGUCAAACUCAUCAACAUGUGCUGUGUGAAUAAUGAGUCCCGUUCUUCCUGCUUGAACAUGCAGCUUGGGUAGCAAAGCCGACUGACAGGAGCAUCUACCUUCACGCGCUGCUUCCUCUUUGGACACACACACACUAACUGUGUCGGCUCAACUCAAGCACAGCCAUGCUGAUCAAGGAGUAUCGGAUCCCCAUGCCUAUGAGUGUGGAGGAGUACCGCAUUGCUCAGCUCUACAUGAUCCAGAAAAAGAGCAGACAAGAAAGUUGUGGUGAGGGCAGUGGGGUGGAGAUCCUGGAGAACAAACCAUAUGAGGAUGGCCCUGGCGGCUCGGGUCAGUACACUCACAAGGUCUAUCACAUCGGCAAACACAUCCCAUCCUGGUUUUGUGCCAUUCUGCCUCAAGCUGCCCUUCGAGUGGAAGAGGAGUCUUGGAAUGCUUACCCCUAUACGCGAACCCGGUAUACCUGUCCCUUUGUUGAGAAAUUUUCUAUAGACAUUGAGACUUAUUAUAAACCAGAUACUGGAAAUCAAGUGGAUGUCUUCAAUAUGUCCUCUGCUGAGAAAAGACAAAGGACUAUUGACCCCAUAGACAUCGUCAAGGACUACAUACCUCCUCAUGAGUACCUCGUGGAAGAAGACCCUAAGCUGUAUCAGUCAGUCAAGACUAAACGGGGUCCAUUGUCAGAGGACUGGAUUGAGGAAAUUGGCCAGAACCUGGGUCAGAGUUCCGUUAUGUGUGCCUACAAGCUGUGCAAAGUAGAGUUCAGAUACUGGGGCAUGCAGUCUAAGAUUGAACGCUUCAUUCAUGAUGUGGGCCUUCGUAAAGUCAUGGUUCGAGCCCACCGGCAGGCGUGGUGCUGGCAGGACGAGUGGUAUGGCCUGACUAUCGAGGACAUCAGGCAGCUGGAGCUGGAGACCCAGCUGGCCUUAGCAAAGAAGAUGGCCCAAUACAGCCUGAAUGAAGGAGGGGCAACAGAAGCCAACAACUCCUUCAUUAGCCAAGAGCAGGAGCAGGGAGCAGAGACAGUGGGCUCGACUGCAGAGGCAGAAGGAGCAGGAGGGAAGCUUGGAGAUUCACUUGAGACAAGAGGGGAGCUCACAAAACAAUGGUCAACAUCCUCUAGAUCCUCCAAUAGGUCAUCAAAGCGAGGAGGAAGUCCAUCUCAUCAGAGCAUUUCAGAGUGGAGGAUGCAGAGCAUUGCCCGGGACUCUGAGGACAGCACAGAUGAUGAGUUCUUUGAUGCUCAUGAGGACUUUUCUGAUAAUGAAGACAUGUUUUCCAAGGAAAUCACCAAGUGGAGCUCAAAUGAUCUGAUGGACAAAAUAGAAACAAUAGAAGUGGAUGAAGGACAAGAAACCUUGUACCAGGAGUCGGUCGGGGAGUAUGCCGUCAAUGUGGAGACACAGAUAGAGGAUUGUUCAUCUCAGCAGUGUGUACAGCCUUCCAAAAUUCAUGUCCUCAUUUUGGUCCUGCAUGGAGGCAACAUACUGGACACUGGCUCUGGAGAACAGAACAGCAAACAGGGAGAUGUAAACACGCUAAGUGGAGCUUUUGAGGCUGUGAUGAGGGUCCAUUACCCUUCAGCACUGGGCCGCAUUGCCAUUCGAAUGGUACCCUGUCCUGCUGUGUGUGUCGAAGCAUUCUCGCUUGUGUCCAAUCUUAGCCCCUACAGCUACGAUGAGAGCUGUCUAUCCAGCAGUCAGGACCACAUUCCGCUGGCUGCGCUUCCUCUUCUGGCUACUUCUGCACCACAGUACCAAGAUGCCGUGGCAACCGUCAUCUUACGAGCCAAUCAGGUGUACAGCGACUUCAUCAGAUCUUUGGAAGGAGCUUCUUUUAAUGGCCAGGUGUGUGUUAUUGGGGACUGUGUUGGGGGUAUUCUGGGCUUUGAUGCGCUGUGCAGCAGUUCUGUGACGGUAUCAGAAAGCCAAAACAGCAGCAGACGGGGCAGUGCCAUUAGUGUCCAGGACACAGAACUUCUUUCUCCUGGUAUCGUCAUAAACAGUGUCUCUUCUUCCUCGCCAUCCCUCGAAGGAAGCCGCCAUCUCAGCCGCAGCAACAUUGACAUCCCUCACUGCUCUGGGCCUGACGACCCCAAGAAGCAGCUUCCACGCAAACGCAGCGACUCCUCCACGUACGAGCUGGACACCAUCAAACACCACCAAGCCUUCCUCUCUAGCCUUCACGCCAGCGUUCUCCACAGAGAGGCUGGAUCCCGGCGUUCCAGCAACAGCACCAUGUUGGAGGGAGGAUCUCUGGGGAAGUUCGAAUUUGAAGUGACUGACUUCUUCCUGUUCGGCUCUCCACUCGGGCUCGUGCUUGCACUGAGGAAGACUGUGGUGCCCACUCUGGAUGUGUCGGCGCUGCGUCCAGCCUGCCAGCAGGUUUACAACAUGUUUCAUCCAGCUGACCCAUCCGCCUCUCGUCUUGAGCCUCUCCUAGACAAGAGGUUCUACCUGCUGCCUCCCUGUAGCGUCUCCCGCUAUCAGCGCUUUCCUCUGGGUGAUGGACAUUCGGCUCUCUUGGUUGAAACUGUGCAAAGUAACCCCCAGCUUCUGAUAGAGUCUGGCAGUACAGCAUCACAUCGGAACCAGGAAAGCACUGUCAGUGAGACCUGCAUCCCUGUGCCUGUCCUCAACUGGCAGACCUCCCAGAGCAACACAGAGAUGGAUACCCUUCACUCCCAUACUCUUGUUGAUGGUCAGCAUCCAUCAUCAACAUCACCAGGGAUUCCUCACCUUCGCUGCACCCGUAGAGCCAGUGAGGCCAGCAUAGCCAGCCAGGUGUCAGGCUUAGCUGACUCUUACACCGCCUCCAACAUCGCUACGACAAGCAAAUGUGAAGUGAGCCACACUAAAAGGCCCAGUCUGCUGUCACAGCUGCAUCUACCCUACCAUAGAUUUGCCUCUCGGAGCACACCGCCUCAGUUGCGCAAGAAAAUUCGUCAGGUUUUUCCGAGAUCCAACGGUGUGGAGUCCGAGCACAGCUCGGACGUUAGCUCUGACAUGACUUCUGACAUGACCUCUGACCUCACUGAUGUUACGUCUGACAUCACUGACAUCAGCUCGGCACCCCCGUCGCCCAGGGUGCUGAAGAACAUAGAGAAAGUUGCCUCUCGGUGGUGGGGCAGUAAGAGGAUGGACUAUGCUCUUUACUGUCCUGAUGCCCUGACAGCAUUUCCAACCGUGGCUCUGCCUCAUCUUUUCCAUGCCUCCUACUGGGAAUCGACGGACGUUGUCUCAUUUAUACUCCGACAGGUAAUGAGACAUGAGAAUUCUGGUGUUUUGGAGCUGGAUGGUAAAGAAGUGUCUGAAUUUACUCCUUCAAAACCUCGGGAGAAGUGGCUUCGAAAGAGGACUCAUGUUAAAAUUCGGAAUGUGACAGCUAAUCAUCGCGUGAAUGACGCCGUGUUCACAGAGGAUGGAGUGCAGACACUGACGGGACGUUUCAUGUAUGGUCCUCUGGACAUGGUCACAUUAACUGGAGAAAAGAUUGACAUUCACAUCAUGACCCAGCCUCCCUCUGGAGAGUGGGUGUACUUUGACACGGAGCUCACUAACAACAGUGGACGUGUCUCUUAUGUAAUUCCAGAGAGCAAGAGGCUGGGUAUCGGGGUAUAUCCUGUCAAAAUGGUGGUCAGGGGCGACCACACAUUUGCAGACAGCUAUCUUACUAUUGUACCACGAGGAACAGAGUUUGUUGUAUUCAGCAUUGACGGGUCAUUUGCUGCCAGCGUCUCAAUAAUGGGGAGUGACCCUAAGGUUCGAGCAGGAGCUGUGGAUGUGGUAAGGUACUGGCAGGACUUGGGCUAUCUGAUAGUGUAUGUCACAGGUCGUCCUGACAUGCAGAAGCAGCGUGUUGUUGCCUGGCUCUCCCAGCAUAACUUCCCUAAUGGCAUCGUCUCAUUCUGCGACGGCCUGGUACAUGACCCUCUCCGACACAAGGCCAACUUCCUCAAAACCCUCAUCAACGAGGCCAACAUGAGGAUAUUUGCUGCCUAUGGCUCCACCAAGGACAUAUCAGUGUACACUUCUAUUGGCCUGCCUCCAUCUCAUAUCUACAUAGUGGGAAGGCCCACGAAGAAAAUGCAGCACCAGUGCCAGUUCAUCCUGGAUGGCUAUGCUUCCCACCUAUCUCAGCUGGAGUACAACCAAAGGUCUCGCCCUGCCAAGACCGCCAGUACCCGUAUGGUCCUCCGGAAGGGCAGCUUUGCUCUGGGCACAGCUGGAGGAGACUUCCUCCGGAAACGGAACCACAUCUUUCGCACCAUCUCCUCUCAGCAGCCUGGAGGGUCGGGGUCAUGCUCACCCAGCCAGCCCGGCCGGACUGAGCGCACGCUCAGCCAGUGUGAAGUGGAGCGCGAUAGAGGGGUCACAGCAGCAGCACAGAGGAGUAUGAGUAUAGCUGCGGGGUGCUGGGGGCGCAGCAGCAGCACCAAGGAGGGCAGUGUAGGCUUACAUGGCCCCAAGUAAUGUUUAAAUAAAAGCUUUGGUAUAAAGGACCCUGGCCGAGCCACUAUGAUCUCUGGACUAAGAUAAAAGAUAGAAAGGUGAAGAAAAGAUGGGAGGGUGUGGAUGAUGGGGUUGUGGAAGGAAUACACAGAUGGUUCAGCAUAAAUAACCCAUAAUUAAUAGAGAUUAGGAAGGAGCGAUAAGUAGGGAUCUGUCCAGGAGGAGUGGACUAAUCAGGCCAAGUGGGAUCUAGAGAACAAAACAGUUCUGUAGCAUGACUCUUUUACAGUAAUACUUUUAUAGGAUAUACCACUAUUUAAAAAAAUGACAAAGGAAGGAUUAAAAAAAGAAAUUGUAAGCCUUAAACUAAUCUCGUCUAACGGGAAACCCUCCCUUCUCCUUUCCAAACAACAUAAACAUUUAUACUCAUGAGCUCAGGACAAACUGCAGAGCCAGAUUGAUCUUCAGACAGUCAACCAUGGGACUGAGGCUAAGUUUGUUUGGCAACCGUGGCAAAGGGCCAGUGAUUUACACUUGAGUUUCUUUUCCACUGUUUUGGAACACAGCAGUGACUGGCAAUAAGUAUAGAAAACCCUCAUGAUGCAAAAACAGAAAAGCAAAUCUAUCAAAAAGUAAGUAGAGACCAAAAAACAGAAAGGCAAAUCUAACAAAAAGUAAGGAGAGACCAAAUGGAGACCUUACUGUAAAGGAUCGGUUCAUCCAAACUCUACCAAAAGAGAUCAUAUUAGUAGCUAUUUUAACUAGCCACAGCAUGUUAGUGUAAACAAAAUCCAUCCAGAAGGUUGUUAGAUUAGAUGGUUUAGUUACUCUCUUCCCAUUUCUUACCAACAGCCUGUCAGCUGGCUUCAUAAAGAAUUCUCCAAUUCCAUUUUACUCCACCCUAUUUAUCUGGCUGGUACUUUUUGGUUUUAUUUGUCCAGAAGUAUCUAAACAUUAAGAUGAUGUAAAUGUAGGUGGAAGUAUUUUCUGUCAUGAAAAUGUACCUGAGAGUCUGCCAGGGUCCAAACUCUCUUUGUUACCACCUAAAAUCACCAUGCUAACAAGCUAAACUAGAUUAGAAAAAAAGCUUGUAGCAUUGUUACUGGAGAAAUGAUAGCAUGAGAAUGCUAGCAUUGAGUUAAGUGUAAUGGACCACAAACGAAUUACCUUCAUGGUAUUGUGCUGGCAGAGAUUUUAAAAGAAUCUCUAAAUUUUCUAUUUUUAGAUACCAAAAGAUAUGAAUAAAGAAAUGUGUAUUUUGGAUGAAUUGAUCCUUUGAACAAUAAGGGCUGGAUUUGUGAAAUAUACUGUAUCACAGAGGAAAGUACUUGUCGUCUUAGUCACAGAUCAGUUCUGUUCAUGCUUCUUAAAACAUACUGAUAGCAGGUCGGCCAAUCAGUUUUCAUUCCACCCUGUGUGAAACUCUGUAGUAUUUUCUGUUUCCGUGUGGCCUCUGGGCCAUCCAAGGCCUUAAUAUCCCACAAGACACUUUCUUUGCAGAGGAGACAGAAAGCAGAAAAACAGGGCAUGCAGCAUUAAAGCAACAACUGAGACUCUGUACAGUCCACAGCAACUAUCCCUUUAUUUAUAUAUAUAUCUAUAUAUAUAUUCAUCUGCUUGCAAUACCUCAGAUCCACCUGCUGGUGGUGUUUUGUUUCCCAUAGUUGCUGCUGCUGGGAGACACUUUUGUGGUGUUUCCUGAGUAUUUGCUCUUUUUUCUCAUAGGAUAUAAUGCAGGCUGGACCUGGAGCCUGUUUCAUUUCAGACUGAACUGGAAGGGAGAGCUUUCACUCACAAAGAUGUUUCAGUAUUUGUACCAAAUGGACUAAAGAAUGAGCCGAAGUGAUUCAGCUCGAAUGUUGAAAUGACUGAAUUAUCAGUGUGUGUGAAGUAUGGGAGAUGAGUCCCAUUGGCCUCUCUUUCCCUUUAAAGAAGAUGAAGCCACCUCACAUCUCUGACCCAAAUCCAAAAAAACAAA